UUGCCAGCAGGAGCUGGGAACAUGGGCUCCCCAGGCGCCGGGGUGGGCUGGGGGCUUCUGGAUUACAAAACGGAGAAGUAUGUGAUGACCCGGAACUGGCGGGUGGGCGCCCUGCAGAGGCUGCUGCAGCUGGGGGUCGUGGUCUACGUGGUGGGGUGGGCCCUCCUCACCAAAAAAGGCUACCAGGAGCAGGACCUGGACCCCCAGGUCUCUGUCAUCACCAAGCUCAAGGGGGUCUCCGUGACCCGGAUCGAGGAGCUGGGGAACCGGCUGUGGGACGUGGCUGACUUCGUGAAGCCGCCACAGGGCGAGAACGUGUUCUUCUUGGUGACCAACUUCCUUGUGACGCCAGGACAAGUCCAGGGCAGGUGCCCAGAGCACCCGUCCAUCCCGCUGGCCAACUGCUGGGCCGACCAGGACUGUCCCGAGGGGGAGACGGGGACGCACAGUCAUGGCAUAAAGACGGGCCAGUGCGUGGUGUUCAAUGCGACCCACAGGACCUGCGAAAUCCGGGGCUGGUGUCCAGUGGAGAGCGGUGCUGCACCCGUGAAGCCCCUGCUUCUCCAGGCUGAGAACUUCACCCUGUUCAUCAAAAACACCGUCACCUUCAGCAAGUUUAACUUCUCCAAGUCCAACGCCCUGGACACCCAGGACCCCACCUACUUCAAGCUCUGCCGUUAUGACCCCCGCUCCAGCCCCACCUGCCCCGUGUUCCGCAUUGGGGACCUCGUGGCUGCAGCCGGAGGGGUCUUUGAGGAUCUGGCGCUGCUGGGCGGGGCCGUGGGUGUCCACGUCCACUGGGACUGCGACCUGGACAGCAGGGGCGCGGACUGCCAGCCCCAGUACUCCUUUCAGCUGCAGGAGCGGAGCUACAACUUCAGGACAGCCACACAUUGGUGGGAGAGCUCGGGCGUGGAGGCCCGCAGCCUGCUCAAGCUCUAUGGGAUCCGUUUCGACAUCCUGGUCACAGGGCGGGCAGGGAAAUUCGGGCUCAUCCCCACGCUUAUCUCUCUGGGCACAGGAGCAGCCUGGCUGGGCGUGAUCACCUUCCUCUGUGACCUGCUGCUGCUGUACGUGGACGGAGAAGCACACUUCUACUGGAGGACCAAGUACGAGGAGGCAAAGGCUCCAAAGAGGACCGCCCAGCCCGAGCAGACAGAACCGGCACCCGCACCCCCGUGCCCGGCCAUCCAGGGGCCUUAGAGGGGGCCCAGCGCCUGUCCUGACGGCCACUGCCGCUACCGGGAGCUGGACACGGAGGCUGUGGCCCCACGAGACGGCCUGCUCCCUGCUGGUGGGGGUCGGGGCUGGGAAGGCAGGGACCUCGCCGAGGGACACCCCCCGUGGAUGGAGCCCCCAGGACUAGGAUGGGGUGUGAGGACGAUUCCUCCUGGGGCAGGGAGCGCCCCAGAGCCGCCUGUGCAGGGACCUGUAGCAGGACGCGUCAGGGUGCCGUCCCGGGGCUCCAGCUGCAUCUGUGUGUGGAAAACCCUCUCGCAGCUCUUCCCCAGGAUGCCCAGCGUGGCCCCCGCACCAGUGGCCUGCACAGCCCCUCCUCUGGCUGCACAGACCCCAGCCUUCUCCUCGGUCAGCACCCCCAUCCCGAGCCCCCAUCCCGGAGCCUCAGGGUCUGAGGCAGAGUGUCUCUGCUGCUGGGACCCACUCCUGGAAUUCAGACUGGGGCGGGCAGACGGCCCAGCCCUUCCCCGUGGCAGCUCUCAGGCUCUGGGGGUGCUGAGACCGACAGAAGGCCGGGGACGAGCUGCUCCAGUGGCGGGCGGAGCCCCUGGAGACACCCAGCCCGCCCCCUGGAGCCGUGUGGGUGGGGACGGCUGGUGGGAGGGGAAUUCGCCACUGCCCAAGGUCACCCCCAGGGCCAGCCUGCAGCAGCGGCUCUCUGGAGGCCCUGCCUUUUCGGGAGCAGAGCCCUGAGGCUGGAAGGAAUGUCCCAGACAAGUCCCAGAGGCCACGGCAGGCUGGCCAGGGUCUGGUAUGCGGUCGUCACAGGGCCUGGGUCUGGGUCCCACCUGCUGGACCCCUCAUGGCAGAGUUUUGGGGGUGCUCGCGUGGGAGGCCUGGGGCUCUUUCUCACGGGGCCCAGAGACCAGGCGUGCUGGCCGUGGCCAGGGCAAUGACGCGGGCCAGCUGUGGAGAGAAGCGCCGGGCUCAGGCUGGGCCCAAGCUGGCUCUUGAUCCCUAGAGCAGUGUCCAAGGGGGCGGGCGGCCCUCGGGCCCAGGCGAGGGGUGUGGGCCCAGACAACGCUGACGGACGGCUGCAAGGUCGGGGAGUAAAGCCUGCCAAAGCCACAGUU